GGGCGGUGGUGGCGUCGGGGUCGGGGUGCAGCGUGGGGAGAGAGCAUUUGGGUUUACCUUACAUUGUCGAUUCGUAAAUGCUUGCGAUGAAGGUUAAUGCGCACGUUAAUUGCGUGAGACAAUUCCUUGUUUACUAAUUGCGUGGACUGUUGCAUUGUACUCUAAUGCGCCACUGCCCAUUUAAACAUCGACACUGAGCCACUCUGUUUGAAAGGCAACCAUGAUGAUGAAUCCAAACUUAGCUGUUCAGUCUCCUACCUCUACAGAUGCAUGUCUCAGUAUUGUGCACAGCUUGAUGUGUCACAGACAAGGUGGUGAAUCAGAGGGAUUUGCCAAAAGGGCUAUUGAAAGUCUGGUGAAAAAACUGAAGGAGAAGCGCGAUGAGUUGGAUUCGCUGAUAACAGCUAUAACAACAAAUGGAGCCCACCCUAGCAAAUGUGUCACCAUACCGCGCACUUUGGACGGUCGACUCCAGGUGGCGGGGCGCAAGGGUUUUCCGCACGUGGUCUUCGCCCGAAUCUGGCGGUGGCCGGACCUGCACAAGAACGAGCUGAAGCACGCCAAGUUCUGCCAGUACGCGUUCGAUCUCAAGGCCGACGCCGUCUGCGUCAAUCCGUACCACUACGAGCGCGUGGUCUCACCGGGAAUCGACCUGUCCGGCCUCACCAUCCACCAAGGCAGCCCGACGGGCGUGAAGAGCGAGUACACGGUCGGCCUAGAGCACGGCGAGCCGAGCGCCAUCGGCGACGCGCUGAUGUCGCCGGCUGCCGCCGUCCAGCGUCAUCCGCCGGCGCCGCCGCCGCCGCACCUCUCCAUGCCGUUCACCAUGCCGCCACAGGGGAGUGGUUCUCCGUCGCCGGGCGCCGCCUCGCCGCCGUCGUCGGUCACGCUCGACUCGCCCGGCGCCUCGCUCCCGGAGACGCUGACACUUAGACCUUUCGGGAAUGCGGGAUCGUUUAUAGCGGGUCCGGCCGGCAUGCCGUCGCUGUCGCCGCACAUGCAGCCGAACGGCUACGGCCUGAGCCGCUUCUCGGCGCCGCCCUGGUCGGUCGGCGCCGACCGCCACUCGGGCUCAACGCUCACCUACACCCAGAACAUGGCGCCGGACAGACCGGCCGGAUACUUCGCGACGGGACUACCGACGCACGUGCAACACCAGGAUACGCAGGUGCUGCUAUCCAGCGUGCCGCCGCCCGAGUUCUGGUGCAGCAUCACAUACUUCGAGCUGGACACCCAGGUGGGCGAAGCGUUCAAGGUGCCGUCGAGCAUGCCGUCGGUGACGGUGGACGGGUAUGUGGACCCGUCCGGGGACAGCCGCUUCUGCCUGGGUGCCCUGAGCAACGUACACCGCACAGAGCAGAGCGACCGUGCCAGGCUCCACAUCGGCAAGGGCGUGCAGCUGGACGUGCAGGGCGAGGGCGACGUGUGGCUGCGCUGCCUCAGCGAUCACGCCGUGUUCGUGCAGAGCUACUACCUGGACCGAGAGGCGGGCCGCGCGCCCGGCGACGCCGUCCACAAGAUCUACCCGGCCGCCUACAUCAAGGUGUUCGACCUGCACCAGUGCCACCGACAGAUGCAGCACCAGGCGUCGCAGGCAACGGCGGCGGCGGCGGCGCAGGCGGCGGCCGUGGCCGGCCACAUCCCGGGCGCGGCCAGCGUCGGCGGCAUCGCGCCGGCCGUCACCAUGUCGUCGGCGGCCGGCAUCGGCGUCGACGACCUGCGCCGACUGUGCAUCCUGCGGCUGAGCUUCGUUAAGGGCUGGGGGCCCGACUACCGCCGCCAGAGUAUCAAGGAGACGCCUUGCUGGGUGGAGGUGAACCUGCACCGCGCGCUGCAGCUGCUCGACGGCGUGCUGCAGACGACGCGCGUCGGCGCUGGCAGCGCCACCUGAGCUGCCGCGGGCCGCGCCGGCCGCGGGAGAGGACUGUGCGGGUCCGGUGAAGCGGGUGACGAGAGAGAGAACGCUCAGUUUUAUACGAGACGAUGGUACCUGACGGAGAGCCGGUAGCCCGGACGGAGUAGCUUUGCUCGUAGGACGGGUGCGUUGCCCGGUGCGGAAGCGAGAUUCGGUAGCGGUAGACGGACGGACCCGUGUUGGCGGAUGGAACUGUUGUCUCCCGCGAGGUGCUUUGGCGUGCCAUCGACUUCGGCGUCGGCCCAAGGCCGGUCGAACCCCACUCCGCGCCAGUUUGUUGUGUUCAAGAGUUCUCCGGUUCUCGCCGUUGGAUGUUGCUGCGUGGCGCAGCUCCACCCCGCUUCCCGGCGCCGCGCGGCUGCGGUGGGCGGAGUCUAACUCCCGCCGCAACGGCAAUCUCAGAGCAGUGUCGAUGAAGCAGUGUCACCCGUGUCGGUGUUUUGCGGGGGCGCGCCGGCCGCUCGCUCCGCCCGUCCGCCGGCUGGCUGCCCGCGGCGGCGAGCGGGCGGUCGCGUCGCGCCGAUCCUCUUCGACAUGACCCCAGAUC